AAUUGAAUUUUACUUUGAAAUUGGCUUGGUAUACAAAGGAAUAAAAUCUGCACAGUUUUCAAAUUAGCGAUAGACAUCUGACGCGUACUGCCGUCUGUCAAACAGCCGCGCAUGAGAGGCUACAGUAGCCAGCGUGAUCCGAAAACACAUAAACGCGCAUUUUUAAAAAAGUGUUCCCUUGCAAAAACAAAACAAACAAAGAAACGUCACCUGGCCUUGAAUAAAUAACACUACCCUUGUGCACGGAAUUGAGCAGUCAAAAGGUUUGCCCGAUGAGACGAGAAGGCCGACUUCUUUUGUGGUGCAGGUGUUGAUCCGAAGGCGUCCCCUGCUGUACGUAGUGGGCCUCCUUAUCCCCAGCAUCUUCCUCAUGAUCGUGGACGUGAUGAGCUUCUACCUGCCCGUGAGCAGCGGCACCCGCAUCGGCUUCAAAAUCAGUACGCUGCUGGGUUACACCCUCUUCAGAGUCAACCUGACGGACGAGCUGCCCGCCACUGCCGUUACGACCCCGCUCAUAGGCAGGAAAUGGAUUACUUUGCGCUCUCCGGUUGUUGCUCGCACUGAUCUCACGGUAAAAAAAAUCUGAUCAUGAUUAAAAGGUGUGUUCUUCGUCGUGUGCAUGGCGCUACUCAUGCUCAGCCUGAUCACGUCCAUCCUGGUGGUGAAACUGCUCCACCACAGCAAAAAGGAGGUCCGGGAAAUGUCCGUGUCGGCCUGCCUGCUGGACAAGUACGGCCUGGCGGAGAGCGCCAUGACCUCCACGAGAACUCUGGACCGACUCAACCAUUCUGAAGAUUUGGAGUUUGAGGCCUCGCUGGAAGAGGACCUGGAAUCGCUGAUCGACAUUCAGAAAAAUCCUUCCAGCCUGGAGUGGCUCCUGAGGGAGCUGCUUUCCAUCCGUCUGGCCUUUUCCCAGGAGGACACAGAGACUGCGGCUCAGGCUGAAUGGCUGGCACUCUGCUCAAAGCUCGACUGCUUCCUCUUCCGCCUCUACCUGAUUGUUCUGGCUGUGUAUGCCGGGACCCUGCUGCUGUUCUGGGCCAGCUGGAGCUUCGCCUGAUGACACACUGGGUGCCUUGGCUGUUCCGUAACGCUCUUCUUAUUUGCUAUUUUAGUGAGAUUCUUCAUGCUACAAAAUAUCCGGACCCAGAAUAGAGUUUGAAUACUCGUACAAGAAUAGAAAACAGUAGAACUGAUUUUCUAAUGGCUACUUCUCGCAAGAAGUGAAAAGAACAGAAUACCCUGGACAAUUUGUUUCACUUCGUUCUCCAAGUAAACUUGUCAAACUCGCUUAUAACCUGACCGAGUGUUGCACUACUUUGUGUUACUAAAUAAAACAUUACUGUCAUUGUCAA